UUGAUGAUAGGGUUACAUUAAAAGAUGUUAAACAAAAUAGGGAAGAUACGGAGGAAACAAAAUUGAUAGAAAAUGAAAAAAUAGAUAAUAAAAAAGUAAAAGAUGGAAUUCAUACGACAUCAUAUAAUAAGCCAUCUAAUAAUUUGGUACAUAAUUAUGAUGAUAUUAAAAAGGAAGCAAUAAAAAAUGAAGAAAAAAAAGAUACAGAACAAUCCAAGAAAGAAGAGAAAGAUGUAAAACAUGAUGAAUCUGAGAAUGAUAAUAAUAAUUUAAGUAAAUAUACAAAAAUUAAGGAAAAUAUUGAAAAGUUUUAUAAAUAUAUAAAAAAUAUAGCGAAUUUAACUGAUAUAAAUAAUGAUAUAGAAAAAAAAGAUAUGCAAAGGUAUAAUUUAAAUAAUUAUACUAAUAUCAAAGGGAAUAUGCUAUUUGAAUAUUCACAAGAAUCAGAAUAUGAUAAGAAUGAAUUAUUCCAAAUAGAAAACAUAUCAGAAUAUCAUAAUAGGAGUAAUAACAAUAAGGAAAAUAUAUCCUAUUAUAAUGGAAAAUGGCUCUUAAUGUUAUUCCUUUUUAUUAUUUUUUUAAUCAUGGUUCUGAUCAAACGUUCUGAGAAAGACACAUCAGUAAUGGAUGAAGUUCAUUUUAUGACUGAAAAAAAUAAUGAUGAUUACCGUUUAG